AUGGCUUUUCGUCUUGCUGCGGCUGCAGCUGCUGCCUUUCUCCUUUCAAUAGGGGAGGUUGGUGGGAGGGGGGUGGAAGGGGAAGGAGAGGGGGAGGGAGAGGGGGAAGAAAAGGCAGAGGGAGAGAGAGGGGAGGAAGAGGGGGAGACAGGCCAAAACGGCGGCAGUGGGGAGAGGGGGGGAGGCGAGGAUGGGGUGGGGGAAGGAGGGGAGGAAGAGAUAGCAGGAAGAGGAGUGAAGGAAAGAGUGGAGGGAGAAGUGUUGGGGAGAGGUGAGGGAGAGGGAGAAGCGUCUGGAGUGUGGGGAGAGGGAGGGAGAGGAGGGGAGGAAGGGGGAGCAGGAGUAGAAGAUGGGGAGGACGGGAGGUUGACAGGAGCAGCAGGACGAUCAACGGUCUUUCUUCUGGUGCUGCCCGAACGAAUGCUCUCACUGCCCGAGAGAUCGCUUCGGCUGCCCGAUUCAUGGGACCCACGAGGCUUGCCCUGGCGCUCCUUCCCUGCUCACGCUGCCUCUGCCCCUGCUACUGCUGCUACAGAUCCUCUCCCUCUGGUUACCAAAAUCACCAUUGUAACCACCCUGCCAGCCGUGGCACUGGAGGCACGGCCAGAGCGGGAUGACAAGUGCCCGGUCAUGCAGAAGAGACCAGACGCAGCAGUAGCAGUAGCAGUGGCAGUGGCAGGGUUGGCAUACGAACCUCCAUUCGACCUCUGGUGUGCAUACUGGCCGUGCGGGUCCCAGAGGUCAUUAAGAGGACAGGAGCGUUCGAGCAAACAGGAGAAGAAGUGUGAUCGUAAGCUAACGUUGCCCCUUUUCCUCCUCUUCUUGCUGCUUCUCCUCUCGUUGCCCCUAUCCCUCUCCGCUCUUCCCCCGGCCCGAUCCCCCGCCCUCCCCCGACUCCUCUCCCCCAUCCCCCACCGAACGCGUUUCUUCCGCCUCCCGUCUCCCCAACCCCCCUCCCCACCGCUGUCCCCGGCCCUAUCCCCGCGCAUCUCCCCAUCCCCCUCCCCGCUCCUCUCCCAGCUCCCCGUCCCACCCCCACGCUCCCCCUUCCAACCCCAUUCCCUGCCUCUUCUACCGGCUUCCAUCCACUUUCCGUGA